CGGGAGCGUACGUGUAUUAUGACGGACGGAGUUACACGGCAGAUGGCACAGCUACUUUGAAAAGUCCGGAGCUCAAUUCUCGUUUUUCCAACGGGAAGCUGUCAUUCUGGCUCAAUAUGUACGGAAGUGGAAUAGAUUCGCUCCGCAUCUAUCAACGGCCAGCUGACGUUUUCUCGCAUCCCAAUUUGGAACUCUUGAUAAUUACCGGGCAACAAUCUACAGAACCGAUGUGGCUCCAUAGAGAGGUCAACUUAACAGAAGUUAGCUACAACUUCCAUAUCGCAUUCAAAACGACUGAAGGAACGUCUAUCGAGUCAGAUGUUGCGAUCGAUGAUGUGGAACUCAUAUCUCCCGAAAUUUCCACGACGGAUUCGUCGAUUGUCACGACCAAAGAAGCAACCACCACACGACAGAUUGACGUACAGUCCACUACAGGCUCGACAACUGAACUUGUUGGUUCAACAGAAUCACAGCCGAUCGACCAAACCUCUGCUAUUGACUCAACAGGUGUCGAUUUCAAUUGUGCCUUCGAGGGCACAUUCUGUGGGUGGACGCAGCCUGCUAUGGCCUUUGAUGUUGAUUGGGUGGUACAGCAAGGAGCCACGCCCAAUGCAAACACCGGACCGGAAGUUGACAGAACGACGGGAACAAUCUCGGGAGCGUACGUGUAUUAUGACGGACGGAGUUACACGGCAGAUGGCACAGCUACUUUGAAAAGUCCGGAGCUAAAUUCUCGUUUUUCCAACGGGAAGCUGUCAUUCUGGCUCAAUAUGUACGGAAUUGGAAUAGAUUCGCUCCGCAUCUAUCAACGGCCAGUUGACGUUUUCUCGCAUCCCAAUUUGGAACUCUUGAUAAUUACCGGGCAACAAUCUACAGAACCGAUGUGGCUCCAUAGAGAGGUCAACUUAACAGAAGUUAGCUACAACUUCCAUAUCGCAUUCAAAACGACUGAAGGAACGUCUAUCGAGUCAGAUGUUGCGAUCGAUGAUGUGGAACUCAUAUCUCCCGAAAUUUCCACGACGGAUUCGUCGAUUGUCACGACCAAAGAAGCAACCACUACACGACAGAUUGACGUACAGUCCACUACAGGCUCGACAACUGAACAUGUUGGUUCAACAGAAUCACAGCCGAUCGACCAAACCUCUGCUAUUGACUCAACAGGUGUCGAUUUCAAUUGUGCCUUCGAGGGCACAUUCUGUGGGUGGACGCAGCCUGCUAUGGCCUUCGAUGUUGAUUGGGUGGUACAGCAAGGAGCCACGCCCAAUGCAAACACCGGACCGGAAGUUGACAGAACGACGGGAACAAUCUCGGGAGCGUACGUGUAUUAUGACGGACGGAGUUACACGGCAGAUGGCACAGCUACUUUGAAAAGUCCGGAGCUAAAUUCUCGUUUUUCCAACGGGAAGCUGUCAUUCUGGCUCAAUAUGUACGGAAGUGGAAUAGAUUCGCUCCGCAUCUAUCAACGGCCAGCUGACGUUUUCUCGCAUCCCAAUUUGGAACUCUUGAUAAUUACCGGGCAACAAUCUACAGAACCGAUGUGGCUCCAUAGAGAGGUCAACUUAACAGAAGUUAGCUACAACUUCCAUAUCGCAUUCAAAACGACUGAAGGAACGUCUAUCGAGUCAGAUGUUGCGAUCGAUGAUGUGGAACUCAUAUCUCCCGAAAGUUCCACGACAGAUUCGUCGAUUGUCACGACCAAAGAAGCAACCAACACACGACAGAUUGACGUACAGUCCACUACAGGCUCGACAACUGAACAUGUUGGUUCAACAGAAUCGCAGCCGAUCGACCAAACCUCUGCUAUUGAGUCGACAGCAGAAGCAACCACUGCAGGACAAAUUGACGUACAAUCCACUACAGGCUCCACAACUGAGCUUGUUGGUUCAACAGAAUCACAGCCGAUCGACCAAACAUCUGCUACUGACUCAACAGCCGAUAGUGCCACUACCGAAUCGCAGAAUGCUGUCACUACAGAAACAACCGCGGCAGGGCAGAUUGAUAUACGAUCCACUUCAAGGUCAUCAACUGAACUAAGUGGUUCAACCGAAUCACAGCUGAUCGACCAAACGUCUGCUAUCGAAGCAACAGCCGGAACACUCACUCCAAAAGCGCCGAUUGUCUCCUCUGGUUCAUCGUCAACUGAGGCGGGGCGCGAUCGACCAUCAACAACAAGGUCUGGAAACAUGGUAUUUACUACUGAUGUUGGAAUUGAACCACCCACUAAAGAGUUCAGUGUUCAGCUUCGAAUCCUAGAAGUCGAUGGAAUACCUGUUGCUUACCAAGACCAGUACCAAGACAAGACCUCCCAGGCCUUUAGAGACCUUUCAAUAUAUGUCCAAAAUGCAGUCUUUAGACUUUGUCGACGGUUCGAGACAACGUCUGAUAUAAUACGGUUCGAGGUUGUGUCAGUUCGUAGCGGCAGUCUUCUAGUGAACGCUGUUGCUCAAUACCCCAUCAACUCCGCCAUUGUAAGCGACACCAUACUGGACGUGCUUCGCAGUGACGCGAUGAGCAACAACGGACGAAUUGACAAUGCACUCACCAUUGACCUUUCAGCUACUGUUGUUGCAGGCAGGUUUACCUAA